UGAAGUUAUACCAAACUGCGCGGCGUUAACGUGAUACGAUAUGGACCCAUCGUCGGAACCGUCGAAUGUAGAUGAUGCCCCGGAGCGGCGGCAGUCCACCGAGCGGACGGAGGAUGAGAAGUCACAGACAGAAACCUCAGGGGAUACCAGCCAAAUGACAACCAAGUCUGAAUCGGAAAAGGACGACAUAUCGCAGCAAAACGAAAAUGAAACGACAGCGUCCUCAAACGGCAAAUCGUCCGACCAGCAAGCUGCAUCAACCUCAUCGUCCUCAUCUUCAUCAUCUUCCAAAGCUGCUCCACUGUCGAGCAGAUCAUUCGCUAAAAUACCGAUCUUCGUCGUAGAAGAUCAUCACGAAGUGCUAACGUUCCUUUAUCGUUGUCUCGGUUCGAAGCAUUUACCCCUGCACGGUAACCGGAUCGUGCACUUCGAUUCCCAUCCUGACAUGUGCAUCCCGAAGCACAUGCCCGCUAACUACGUGUUCAACAAGGACGAUCUGUUGGAUAGCAUCAGCAUCGAGAACUGGCUCAUGCCGACCGUGUUUGCCGGCCAUGUGGAGCGCAUCGUUUGGAUAAAGCCUCCGUGGUCGGAGCAAAUACCUAAGGGCAAGUUCGAAUUCCACGUCGGCGAGUUUGAGGGAUCGAUACGAACGGAUUCGACGCUGGAGUACUUCGUGUCGGAAGGUUGCUAUCAGCCGGAAGAGAAACUCGAGAACAGGAAACGUCUGCAGUUGGAGGUGUGCUCCGUUGACGAAUACCCCGUUGGGGAGGAUAAGGAUUUGGAGCAGGGAUACAUUCUCGACAUCGAUCUGGAUUACUUCAGCACACACAAUCCCUUUCUGAAGAUCUACGACCGAGUGCAGUUGUACGAUAAGCUGAAGGACAUUUUCGUCUCGCCCGAGCUGGCAGACGACACGGAGAACGAUCUCGAGAAGCUCCAGCGCGUAGCACGCGAUCGCGAGGAAAAGCUCGAGUUUCUCGAGUCCAUCUUCCUGUAUCUGGAGGAAGUGGGCAAUUUGAAGCACUUUUUGGUAGACUACCAGCAGGAGAUCAGCGAGGAGUACGCGGGCUUACUCGAGAAGGUAACGGCUUUAGUGCGCACGCUGAAGAAAGAGUACAAGGAGGAGGAGAUCGAUUGGUCUAUGAUCUACGAUGCAGGCUGCACGUGCGACGUGACCGAUUUACCGCACCACGAAUCGAGCCGGGAAGAGAUCGUGACGAUGGUGCAGCAGCUCGAGCACUUCCUGGAGAAGCUUCCGUGUGCGCCGGUCGUGAUUACGAUAUCGCGAUCGAGCGAAGAUGACUAUACACCGGCUGAGCAGGUGGAAAUGAUACAGGAGAUGGUGUUGGCGGCGCUUACAAAGUGCCUGCGAGUGGAGCUAGACACCCCGAUACUGUACUAUAAGGAUCAGGAACUUAAUUUGUAAGACAAUAAACCAAC